UGGAGGCGGGCCGGACGUCCCCCGCUCCCCGGGCCAGCUAGCAGCGAGCAGACAGCAGCCCCGCGGUGACACCACGCAGCCCGCACGCGGACCCACAUUCGAAGCGCGUCCCCGAUGACGCCGCGCGCGUGAAGAAGCUUCUGGAAGCCGCCGGUUACCUGCCCGGUCUCCAUGGCGACGGAGCAGUUCUACGAGGUGGAGCGCAUUGUGGAUCGGAGGAGGAACAGGAAGGGGAAGGUGGAGUACCUGGUCAGGUGGCGGGGCUAUGGAUCUGACGGAGACACCUGGGAGCCCGAGACUCACCUGUCUACCUGCCUGAACUAUGUACACGAGUUCAACCGCCAGUACGCCGAGCGCCAGAGAGACUGCACCUUACUGCGCUCCACCCGCGGCCACCACCACAGUCACGGCCACAGACCGCCGGCCCCCAGCCUCAGCGGCGACAUCACCAGAGGGGGAUCUUCAGCCUGUGACCAGGUGAAAACUCUUCUCAGCCAGCUGCCCUCACCGCAGUCGGGGCCCACUGGCACUUUCAGCAGCAGCGUUAUGUCUUUGGCGGGUCCUGCCCGCCACAGCGUGGACCUCUCCAAGUCCGGGAUCAAGAUCCUAGUCCCCAAGAGUCCAAUGAACAGCCGUCCGGAUUCAGAGGAGUCGCCCAGUGAGGCGGCUCACAGCCUGGAGGAGCAAGAGACGCAUCUGGUCCCACCUGAGGUGGCCCUGCUGGAGAAACCCGCGCUCCAGCUGGGCCCCGGAGAGGAGAGGGCCCGCAUGGGGACCAGACCCCGGAGCCAGAACCCCCAGACCCUGCCCCGGGUCCCCGUCACGCCCGCUGCCAUGCGCUCUCUGAGUGGCUCAGGUACGUUUCCACUGAUGCAGGCCGGUGCUGCUGCCAGGAUAUCAGGUCUGCAGGCCGCCGUUGCUGGGGCAACCAGCGUGAUGGGCAAACGUCGUCUGGAGGAACGGUCUGCCUUCGACAAACGGCUAAGGUUCAGCGUUCGACAGACGGAGAGCGCCUACCGUUAUCGCGACAUUGUCGUGAAAAAACAAGAUGGUUUCACUCACAUCCUCCUAUCCACCAAGAGCUCUGAGAACAACACACUCAACCCUGAGGUGAUGAAGGAGAUCCAGAGCGCCAUGGCAACGGCAGCAUCAGAUGACAGUAAACUGGUGUUACUGGGUGCCGUUGGCAAUGUCUUCUGCUGUGGCCUUGACUUCCUGUAUUUCAUCAGACGGCUGACAGACGACAGGAAGAAGGAGAGCAUCAAGAUGGCGGAGACCAUCAGGACCUUUGUUAACACCUUCAUCCAGUUCAGGAAGCCCAUUGUAGUGGCGGUUAAUGGACCAGCAGUGGGCCUGGGGGCCGCCCUCCUGCCACUCUGUGAUGUAGUGUGGGCCAAUGAGAAGGCGUGGUUCCAGACGCCAUACACAUCCUGCGGCCAGACUCCUGACGCAUGCUCGUCCUUCACAUUCCCGCGCAUCAUGGGCCUUGCCUCGGCUAACGAGCUGCUGCUGAGCGGCAGGAAGCUGACGGCUCAGGAAGCGUGUUCUAAAGGUCUGGUGUCUCAGGUUAUGUGGCCUGGAACCUUCACCCAGGAAGUGAUGCAGCGGAUCAAAGAACUGGUGGCGGUCGACCCCCAGGUUUUGCUGGAGUCCAAAGCCCUGAUGAGGAACACCAGCCGCAGUGCUCUGGAGCAGGUCAACGAGCGCGAGUGUGAAGCCCUGAAGAGGGUGUUGGGGUCUUCGCAGGGGACUGACUCCAUCCUUCAGUACCUGCAGAGGAGAACUGAGCUCUGCUAGAACCAGGACCAAAUCUGGAUCACUGAUCAGCUCCUCUUUUAAGAACUUAAAAUUCCAACACGGUGCUGGUUUAAAAACCUUUCCAGGCCUGGUCUGUGACCUCAGGUGUAUCUGUCCACGACGUAGACACACCUUGGACUUUUAGGCUCAGAAACAACUAGAUGCUACUGGUCAGGGGUCCCUCAGGUUUCCCUCCUGGAUCCUUAUGGGUUUGUGUUUCCUGAGCUGCUUAAUGGACAGAUGUGACGGUGAAGAGCCUCCGAAGUUCUGCACAUGCCCAUUUCAUACUGGGUCAGAACAACACUUUGGAAUGGUACAUUGAGAGACGGAGCAGUCCUGUGCUGAACUGAGAUGAACUGAGUUCCUGUAGCGCCCCCUGCAGGUUGAACACCUGAACGCUGGAAGGCUGGUGAUGAAAGUACUCUUGUAAAACAUUCUGGACUCCAAUCUGACUUCAUUAUUUAAUCAAAGCUGAAUGUGAACAACUUUAAGAGAUAUUCUUUUGUAUAAAAAAGAAAAAAAAAUCUGUAAAUAAAACAGGUGUGUGUCUUAAACUCUAUCCUUCAAUUUCCUAUUUGUGUCUAUAUCGCUGAAGAAUUAUUUGUAGCACUGCCCACAAGUUUAUUUGGAGCGUAAAACA